GAAGUGGAGGGGCUCAGUUCUCCGCGGGACGGAGCCGCGAGCCGCUGAGCUGGACGCGGCGGGACAGCCCAGCCUCCGCUGCUGCUGCUCCAGCCGGGACGGCGCUGAGCCACUCUCUCAUCCUUCUGGUCCAGCCUUGGCUGCAGCAGGACUCCGCAGGCAGCGUGCGGAGUUCCUGGCACUUUGCGGACGGCUCUCUCGCUCCUUGCUCCGGACUGACUGCGCUCUCAGACUGAGCCGUCUGAGCCUUAACACCUGGACUAUGCGCGGGGCCCGGACCCCCGGGAUCACCGCCUGCGUGCUCCACGCAGCCAACCCCACCAGCUUUCAGCCAAUGCCUCCGCCGCCGCCCCGGCUGCUGCUGCUCCUGCUGCUUCUCCUGUUACUGGUAAGCCGCGUCUCGGCACAGCCCGCUACCCCCGGCCGGGCGUUGCUGUCCCCGGAUCUGGCGGGCGUAGCAGGGGUCCCCGCCCAAGAGGCCAUAGUGCUGGCGAACCGGGGGCUGCGGGUGCCCUUCGGCCGUGAGGUCUGGCUGGACCCGUUGCAGGACCUGGUGCUGCAGGUGCAGCCGGGGGAUCGCUGCGCAGUGACCGUGCUAGACAGCGAUGCGCUGGCCCAGCGGCCCGGCCGCCUGAGUCCCAAGCGCUUCCCGUGCGACUUCGGUGCUGGAGAGGUGCGCUACUCUCAUCUGGGCGCGCGCAGCCCUUCGCGGGAUCGCAUCCGGCUGCAGUUGCGCUAUGACGCCCCAGGAGGGGCGGCAGUGCUACCUUUGGUACUGGAGGUGGAGGUGGUCUUCACCCAGCUGGAGGUUGUGACUCGGAACUUGCCUCUGGUCGUGGAGGAGCUGCUGGGGACCAGCAAUGCCCUGGACUCCCGGACCCUGGAGUUCGCCUUCCAGCCCGAGACUGAGGAGUGUCGCGUGGGCAUCCUGUCCGGCCUGGGUGCGCUGCCUCGCUAUGGGGAACUCCUCCGUUACCCGCAGUUCCCGGGACGUGCCCGCGAGGGGGGCACCCAGGAGCCUCUCCUGAUGGACUGCAGAGCGUUCCAGGAGCUAGGCGUGCGCUACCGCCACACAGCCCCCAGCCGCUCUCCAAACAGGGACUGGGUGCCCAUGGUGGUGGAGCUGCACCCGCGGGGAUCUCCUGUGGGCAGCCCUGCUUUGAAGCGCGAGCACUUCCAAGUGCUGGUGAGAAUCCGAGGAGGCGCUGAGAACACUGCACCCAAGCCCAGUUUUGUGGCCAUGAUGAUGGUGGAGGUGGAUCAGUUUGUGCUGACUGCCCUGACGCCGGACAUGCUGGCGGCUGAGGAUGCUGAGUCCAGCCCUGACCUGCUGAUCUUCAACCUCACCUCUCCGUUGCAGCCUGGCCAGGGCUGCCUGGUGAGUACUGAUGACCGCAGCCUGCCCCUCUCUUCCUUCACUCAGAGGGAUUUGCAUCUCCUGAAGAUUGCCUACCAGCCCCCCUCGGAGGACUCUGACCAGGAACGUCUCUUUGAACUGGAGCUGGAGGUAGUGGACCCAGAAGGAGCAGCCUCGGAUCCUUUUGCCUUCAUGGUAGUGGUGAAGCCCAUGAACACUCUGGCACCAGUGGUCACCCGGAACACUGGUCUCAUUCUUUAUGAGGGCCAGUCUCGGCCCCUCACUGGCCCCGCGGGCAGUGGACCACAAAACUUGGUCAUCAGCGAUGAGGAUGACCUAGAGGCAGUUCAGCUGGAGGUGGUGGCUGGGCUCCGGCAUGGCCACCUUGUCCUUCUGGGUGCCUCCAGGGGCAACUCCUCUCCUAAGACCUUUACAGUAGCUGAGCUAGCCGCUGGCCAAGUGGUCUACCAUCACGAUGACAAAGACGGCUCACUGAGUGACAACCUGGUGCUUCAAAUGGUGGAUGGAGGACGCAGACACCAGGUGCAAUUCCUGUUCCCUAUCACCUUAGUGCCUGUGGAUGACCAGCCGCCAGUCCUCAAUGCCAACACGGGGCUGACACUGGCAGAAGGUGAAACCGUGCCCAUCCUGCCCCAAGCUCUGAGUGCAACUGACAUGGACUCAGAUGACUCUCUGCUGCUCUUUGUGCUGGAGUCACCCUCCUCAACUACUGGUCAUCUGCUUCUCCGCCAAGCCCAUCCUCCCCAGGAGGAAGAGGAGCUUAUCAGGGGCCCUUGGAGGAAGCAGGGAGCGUUCUAUGAGAAAACAGUCACAGAGUGGCGGCAGCAGGACAUAACGGAGGGGAGGCUGUUCUACCGGCACUCUGGGCCCCACAGUCCUGGGCCAGUAACGGACCACUUCACGUUUCGAGUCCAGGAUAACCAUGACCCCCCAAAUCAGUCUGGGCUACAGAGAUUUAUGAUACGCAUUCAUCCUGUGGAUCGCCUCCCUCCAGAGUUGGGCAGCGGCUGUCCCCUUCGGAUGGUGGUACAGGAAUCCCAGCUCACACCACUGAGGAAAAAGUGGCUGCGCUACACUGACCUGGACACAGAUGACCGAGAACUCCAUUACACAGUGACACAACCCCCAAUGGACACAGAUGAAAACCACUCACCAGCUCCAUUGGGCACCUUGGUCCUGACAGACAACCCUUCAGUGGUGGUGGCCCAUUUUACACAAGCCCAGAUCAAUCACCAUAAAAUUGCUUACAAACCUCCAGAUCAAGAACUGGGAGUGGCUGCCCGAGUGGCCCAGUUUCAAUUCCAUGUGGAGGACCGAGCAGGGAAUGUGGCUCCAGGCACCUUCACCCUUUAUUUGCAGCCAGUGGACAACCAGCCACCUGAGAUCCUCAACACCGGCUUCACUGUUCAGGAGAAGGGCCACCACAUCCUGAGUGAGACUGAGCUGGGUGUGAAUGAUGUAGACACUGAUGUAGCCUACAUCACCUUCACUCUCACACAGGCGCCCAAACAUGGCCAUAUGAGGGUGUCUGGACAGAUGUUGCAUGUGGGUGGGAUUUUCCACUUGGAGGACAUAAAACAGGGUCAGAUUUCCUAUGCCCAUGAUGGGGAUGAAUCUCUGACUGAUAGCUGCUCCUUGGAGGUCAGCGACAGACACCAUGUGGUGCCCAUCACUCUCAGAGUGAAUGUGCGGCCCGUGGAUGAUGAGGUACCCAUAAUGAGCCUUCCUGCAGGCACUCUGGGGUCCUACCUAGACGUUUUAGAAAAUGGGGCUACUGAAAUCACUGCCAAUGUUAUCAAGGGGACUGAUGAGGACACUGAUGAUUUGAUGUUGACUUUCCUCUUGGAAGAUCCUCCCUUAUAUGGAGAAAUCCUGGUCAAUGGAGUUCCAGCAGAGCAGUUCACCCAAAAGGACAUCCUGGAGGGCUCUGUCAUCUACGCCCACACUAGUGGUGAGAUAGGCCUAAUGCCCAAAGGGGACUCUUUUAACCUGAGUCUGUCAGAUAUGUCUCAGGAAUGGAGAAUAGGCAGUAAUACAAUCCAGGGAGUUACCGUGUGGGUGACCAUCCUCCCGGUUGACAGCCAGGCCCCAGAAAUUUCUAUAGGUGAACGGUUUAUAGUAAUGGAAGGCGAUAAAAGUGUGAUAACCUCCAUGCACAUAAGUGCUGAAGACGUUGACUCCCUCAACGAUGACAUCUUGUGCACCAUCGUCAUUCAGCCUACCUCCGGUUAUGCUGAAAACAUCUCUCCAGCCCCAGGCUCCGAAAAAUCACGAGCAGGAGUUGCCAUAAGUGCUUUCACGCUGAAAGAUCUCAAGCAAGGUCAUAUAAACUAUGUCCAGAGCGUCCACAGAGGCGUAGAACCUGUGGAAGACCGGUUUGUAUUUCGUUGUUCUGAUGGCAUUAACUUUUCAGAGAGACAUUUCUUCCCCAUUGUAAUCAUUCCCACCAACGAUGAACUGCCAGAAAUGUUUCUGAGAGAAUUUAUGGUGAUGGAAGGCAUGAGUCUGGUGGUCGAUACGCCCAUCCUCAAUGCUGCUGAUGCUGACAUUCCCCGGGACGACUUAACUUUCACUAUCACCAGGUUUCCUGCCCAUGGUCACAUCAUGAGCCAGCUGAUAAAUGGCACGGUUUUGGUAGAAAGCUUCACCUUGGACCAGAUCAUAGAGAGCUCCAGCAUUAUUUAUGAGCACGACGACUCUGAAACCCAAGAAGACAGUUUUGUGAUUAAACUGACGGAUGGGAAGCACUCUGUGGAGAAGACGGUCCUGAUUCUGGUUAUCCCUGUUGAUGACGAGACCCCCAGAAUGGCCAUCAACAAUGGCCUGGAAGUGGAAAUUGGAGAAACCAAAAUAAUCAACAACAAAAUAUUGAUGGCAACUGAUUUAGAUUCUGAUGACAAAUCCUUGGUUUAUAUUAUUCGUUAUGGGCCAGGACAUGGCUUACUGCAGAGACAAAAACCUACAGGUGUCUUUGAAAAUAUCACACUGGGCAUGAAUUUUACCCAGGAUGAGGUGGACAGGAAUUUAAUUCAGUACAUCCAUUUUGGGCAAGAGGGCAUUCGGGAUCUAAUUAAAUUUGAUGUGACGGAUGGAAUAAAUGCCCUCAUAGAUCGCUACUUUUAUGUGUCUGUUGGGAGCCUUGAUAUCGUCUUCCCUGAUGUGAUAAGUAAGGGGGUAUCCUUGAAAGAAGGUGGUAAGGCCACCCUCACAACAGACCUGCUAAGCACUAGUGACUUGAACAGUCCAGAUGAAAACUUAGUUUUUACCAUCACCAGGGCUCCCAUGAGAGGUCACUUAGAAUGCACAGACCAACCUGGAGUGUCCAUCACAUCUUUCACUCAGCUCCAACUGGCUGGCAACAAAAUCUACUACAUCCACACAGCUGAUGAUGAGGUGAGGAUGGACAGCUUUGAGUUUCAAGUCACUGACGGCCAUAACCCCGUCUUCCGGACAUUCCGUAUCUCCAUCAGUGAUGUGGACAACAAAAAGCCAGUGGUCACCAUCCAUAGCCUGGUUGUCAGCGAAGGUGAAAACAAGCUGAUUACUCCCUUUGAGCUCACUGUGGAAGACAGAGAUACUCCAGACAAACUCCUGAAAUUCACUGUUACCCAGGUGCCUGUCCAUGGUCAGCUCCUGUUCAACAAUACAAGACCCGUCAUGAUAUUUACCAAGCAAGACUUGAAUGAAAACUUAAUCAGCUACAGACAUGAUGGCACCGAGUCAAGAGAAGACAGCUUCUCCUUCACCGUGACUGACGGUUCCCAUGCAGAGUUCUAUGUUUUUCCUGAUACAGUAUUUGAAACAAGGAGACCCCAAGUGAUGAAGAUCCAGAUUUUAGCAGUUGACAACAGUGUCCCCCAAAUUGCAGUAAACAAAGGGGCCUCCACACUUCGCACUCUGGCCACGGGCCACUUGGGGUUCAUGAUCACAAGCAAAGUGUUGAAAGCAGAGGACCGAGACAGCUUACGUUUUUCUCUUAGGUUCAUUGUGACAGAGGCCCCCCGACAUGGGUAUCUCCUCAACCUGGGCAAAGGCAACCACAGUGUGGCUCAGUUUACACAAGCUGACAUUGACGAUAUGAAAAUAUGCUAUGUUUUAAGAGAAGGGGCUAAUGCUACAAGUGACGUAUUCCAUUUUACAGUUGAAGAUGGUGGUGGAAACAAGUUAACCAAGCAGCACUUUCGUCUGAAUUGGGCUUGGAUCUCUUUUGAAAAGGAGUAUUACUUGGUCAACGAGGACUCCAAAUUUCUAGAUGUCGUUCUUAAACGUAGAGGUUACUUGGGAGAGACUUCAUUUAUAAGUAUUGGCACAAGAGACGGGACGGCAAAAAGAGACAAAGACUUCAAGGGCAAAGCACAAAAACAAGUGCAGUUCAACCCGGGCCAGACCAGGGCCACGUGGAGAGUGCGGAUCACGAGUGACGGGGAGCACGAGCAGUCCGAGACCUUCCAGGUGGUCCUCUCGGAGCCCGUGCUGGCCACCCUGGAAUUCCCCACGGUGACCACGGUGGAGAUCGUGGACCCAGGAGACGAAUCGACUGUAUUCAUCCCCCAGUCUGAGUACUCCAUCGAAGAGGACAUUGGCGAACUGUUCAUUCCCGUCAGGAGAAGUGGAGACGUGAGCCGGGAGCUGAUGGUGAUCUGCUACACACGACAAGGAACGGCGAGAGGAACUGUGCCGACAUCCGUGUUGUCCUAUUCUGACUACAUAUCCCGGCCCGAGGACCACACCAGCGUUAUCCGCUUUGACAAAGACGAGCGGGAGAAAAUGUGUCGGGUUGUCAUCAUCGACGACUCCUUGUAUGAAGAGGAGGAAACGUUCCACGUUCUCCUGAGCACGCCCAUGGGGGGCAGAAUCGGACCAGAGUUCCCAGGGGCUCAGGUGACGAUCGUCCCCGACAAAGACGAUGAACCCAUCUUCUACUUCGGCGAAGUGCAGUAUUCUGUGGAUGAGGGUGCGGGCUAUGUGGAAGUGCGGGUGUGGAGAACGGGCACUGACCUGUCCAAGGCUUCUAGUGUCACCGUGAGAUCUCGGAAAACAGAUCCGCCUUCUGCCGAUGCUGGAACAGACUACGUGGGAAUCAGCCGUAAUUUAGAUUUUGCACCUGGAGUCAACAUGCAGAGUGUUCGUGUUAUCGUCCUGGAUGAUCUUGGACAACCAGUGCUGGAAGGAAUUGAGAAAUUUGAACUGGUGCUUCGAAUGCCUGUGAAUGCUACCCUGGGGGAUCCCAGCAAAACCACAGUGUCCAUAAAUGACUCUGUCUCAGAUUUGCCUAAGAUGCAGUUCAAAGAACGAGUAUAUACUGGCAAUGAAAAUGAUGGCCAGAUAGUCGCAAUGAUCCACAGGAGUGGAGAUACCCAGUACAGGUCUUCAGUGAGAUGCUAUACACGACAGGGGUCUGCACAAGUGAUGAUGGACUUUGAAGAACGCCCAAACACUGACAUCUCCUCCAUCACUUUCCUACCUGGUGAGACUGAAAAGCCUUGUAUCCUGGAGCUGAUGGACGACGUGCUGUAUGAGGAGGUAGAGGAGCUCCGUCUGGUUCUUGGCACCCCACAGAGCAACUCUCCUUUUGGCGCUGCAGUUGGUGAACAAAAUGAAACCCUGAUAAGGAUCCGAGAUGAGGCUGAUAAGACCAUUAUUAAAUUUGGAGAAACCAAAUUUAGUGUCAGGGAACCCAAAGAACCAGGACAGUCGGUGAUUAUAAGGAUUCCAGUGAUUCGCCAAGGAGACACUUCGAAGGUUUCCAUCGUGAGAGUUCACACCAAGGACGGCUCAGCCGCCUCUGGAGAAGACUAUCACCCGGUGUCGGAAGAAAUUGAGUUUAAGGAGGGGGACACCCAGCACAUUGUUGAAAUUGAAAUAAUCUCCGAUGGGGUGAGAGAGAUGAGAGAGGCCUUCACUGUGCACCUAAAACCCGAUGAAAAUAUGAUUGCAGAGACACAGAUGACCAAAGCCAUUGUGUAUAUAGAAGAAAUAAACAGCAUGGCAGAUGUCACUUUUCCUUCGGUCCCUCAAAUUGUGUCCUUACUGAUGUAUGAUGACACCUCCAGAGCCAAGGAGAGUGCUGGACCCGUGGCUGGUUAUCCUGUCAUCUGCAUCACAGCUUGCAACCCUAAAUAUCCAGACUAUGAUAAAACAGGCUCGAUUUGCGCGAGUGAGAACAUCAAUGACACUCUGACCCGGUACCGAUGGCUGAGCAGCGCACCCGCGGGUCCUGAUGGUGUGACCAGCCCCAUGAGAGAAGUGGACUUUGACACCUUUUUCACGUCGUCCAAGAUGAUCACUUUAGACUCCAUAUACUUCCAACCUGGCUCCCGGGUGCAGUGUGCGGCCCGCGCUGUGAACACCGAGGGCGAUGAAGGCCUGGAGCUGAUGAGCCCUAUUGUAACCAUCGGCAGAGAAGAAGGUCUUUGCCAGCCCCGGGUGCCAGGGGUAGUGGGAGCAGAGCCCUUCUCAGCAAAACUGCGCUACACGGGCCCCGAGGACUCCGAGUACACAAACCUGAUCAAGCUCACAGUCACGAUGCCUCACAUAGAUGGCAUGCUCCCUGUGAUCUCCACCAAGGAGCUUUCCAACUUCGAGCUCACCCUCAGCCCUGACGGCACUCGGGUUGGAAACCACAAGUGCUCCAACCUCCUGGACUAUACCGAAGUGAAGACCCACCACGGUUUCUUGACGGAUGCUACAAAAAAUCCGGAAAUAAUUGGAGAGGCGUAUCCUUACCAGUACAGCUCAUCUAUCAGGGGUUCCAAUACCUUACGCUUCUACCGAAACCUGAACCUGGAGGCCUGCUUAUGGGAGUUUGUUAGCUACUAUGACAUGUCAGAACUGCUCACGGACUGCGGAGGCACCAUUGGAACAGAUGGGCAGGUCCUAAACCUAGUGCAGUCCUAUGUGACUCUUCGAGUCCCUCUGUAUGUCUCCUACGUGUUCCAUUCCCCCGUCGGGGUGGGAGGCUGGCAGCAUUUUGACCUGAAGUCAGAGCUUCGUCUAACUUUCGUGUACGACACUGCCAUCUUGUGGACCGAUGGCAUUGGCAGCCCCCCAGAAGCCGAACUCCAAGGUUCUCUCUAUCCAACCAGCAUGCGCAUCGGAGAAGAGGGGCGCCUGGUCGUGAACUUCAAGACGGAGGCUCAAUUCCAUGGCUUGUUUGUCCUGUCACAUCCGGCAUCCUUCACAAGCUCCAUGAUCAUAUCAGCUGAUCAUCCAGGUCUUACAUUUUCCCUGCGCCUCAUAAGGAGUGAACCAACCUAUAACCAGCCAAUCCAGCAAUGGAGCUUUGUCUCUGACUUUGCAGUACGUGACUACUCGGGGACCUAUACUGUAAAACUGUUGCCAUGCACCACUCCAGCACAUCAAGAGUACCGGUUGCCUGUCACCUGCAACCCCAGAGAACCUGUCACUUUUGACCUUGACAUCCGAUUCCAACAGGUCAGUGAUCCAGUGGCUGCUGAGUUUAGCUUGAACACCCAAAUGUACCUUCUCUCCAAGAAAAGUCUCUGGUUGUCUGACGGAUCCAUGGGAUUUGGGCAAGAGAGCGAUGUUGCUUUUGCAGAAGGUGAUACCAUUUAUGGUCGGGUCAUGGUGGAUCCUGUCCAGAAUUUGGGAGAUUCCUUUUACUGCAGCAUUGAGAAGGUGUUCCUGUGCACCGGAGCGGACGGCUAUGUUCCCAAAUACAGUCCAACGAAUGCAGAGUAUGGCUGCCUGGCCGAUUCUCCUUCACUCUUGUACAGAUUUAAAAUUGUGGACAAAGCUCAGCCAGAGACACAAGCCACCAGUUUUGGAAAUGUCCUGUUUAAUGCCAAACUGGCCGUGGAUGACCCGGAAGCUGUUCUCUUAGUGAAUCAGCCUGGAUCUGAUGGAUUUAAAGUUGACUCAACACCACUCUUUCAGGUGGCGCUGGGCCGAGAAUGGUACAUACACACCAUCUACACGGUAAGAUCCAAAGACAACGCCAACCGGGGCAUUGGCAAGCGGAGCGCGGAGCGCCGAUACCACUCUCUGGGGAGCAGAGGGACGCCCCAGGCAGCCGCCCGGAGCAGGAAGAGGAGGCAGAUCAGGAGCGCGCCGCCGCCGGCGUGGGAAAUCGGCGCCGAGAACAACCGCGGGACAAACAUCCAGCACAUCGCCCUGGACCGCACCAGCAGGAGGCAGGCCGCCCCGGGGAGGGUGCCCCCCGACGGCGUCCUCGCCCGGGAGCCCGGCAGCCCCGGCUCGGAGGUGCGCCUGCUCACGGUGGCGGGAGGCGUCGCGGCGGGACUGCUGGCCGUGGGGGUCACGGCCGUGGCGGCGGUGGUGAUGGUGUCCAAGCGCGGGAGGCGCGCCCGGAGGAAGCCCGCGGGCGCGGGCAGCAGCGAGCCCAUGAUGCGCCCGCGGGGCCACCCCAGCGACAGCUCUGAGGUCUGACGACCGCAGGCGGGAUUCGGCCUUUUCUUCCAGUGCCGAGGAGAAAACCUAGGAACCCAACUGCUUCGGAGAACUGGGGACUUCGGUGACAAAGCUGCUCAGAGGAUCUGACUGUACUAGUGAACUUCGAGUUCUGUCCAACUCGUUCAUGCAUCAAAGGACAAGUCCGGUCCACAGACCACAUCUUUCCUCUUGCCCAGAAGGCAUCAACUAUGCAGCCACAGGUCCGCGAAGCCAUAGAUGGACCGCGGGGAGGAAUGCACUUCACAUCCGAGGCCUUUUCUCUUCCACGUGGAAACGAUCCUAUUCAGCGGUGCUAACAGGCUCUUUGAGAAGCUUCAGAGGAGUCUCUUGUUGCUAUGUUAGUAUGAAUCUUGAAGGUGCAAUUAUCACAUUGUUUAUUCAUUGUAUAACAGUUUAUUACUAAAAAGAUUUUAACUUGUAGCUUGGAAAAAAUGAUAAACACAUUGUUUAUUGUGACAAGUUUUCUAACAGGUGAAGACAGCAUUGAAUUAUGACCAAGGCUGGCUCGACCCACAGAUCGCCUUUUCUCCUCCUUGAGAGAGAGUGGAAGGAAAAACCAAGGGAAGGGAACUCACUAACUUGGAUUUGGGUUGUUCCUCAUCUUUGUCAGACCCUUCUUGUUUUAUUUGCUUAUUUAAUUUUAAAUUAAGCCAAAGAAUAUGUUGAGCCUGGAAAAGAUUGUUGAAGAGAGACUGCUCUGUUUUGGUACAUAGUGAGAAACAGUAGAGUUCUUGCAUGAUAAUAUACUUUAUUGGUGCUCAUUUGUGGGAAAUGAGAGGGUUGGUGACAUUUUGAUGAUAAAUGCCGUAGAGUUAGAUUCACAUUUGCAAGACAAUGUUCUCUAAGAACUGAGCCUAGAUGUUUUGCAGUAUUGAAUCCAUAAAUGAUCCGGAGAAAUAUCAUUCAGAUGGUGAAGAGAGAAUGUGGUAUUUAUUAGUAUACUGUGUUUCACCAAAGUGCCUUUUACACAUACUUUAUAGAAUCAAAGAACAUUUUGACAAUGACACGUGAGGUUAACCUUCAGAGUGCAUAGUCACACAACAAGGUCCAAAGCUUAAAUUGGCCAGAGGAUAUUUUAUUAGCUUUCUAAUCACCAUCUGGUUCAAACAGCAGGAAUCCCUGCACCUGUCAUUGCAGAGAUGAUCCUGGAGGUGGCCAGCAUCACUGAUCAUAUUCUCUGGCCAAAGCAAAAAGCAUCACUCCCUGGUGUCUCCAGUUCGGUGAACUGAUGCAGUGUGGUCCGUCUCAGUAUCUAAAAAUACAAUUUGUAAAACUGCUUUCAGUGUUAAAAACCAAGGAACGUGAGUGGGCUUGCUCAGGAAGGUCUUUCUGGGAAAUGUGAUUUCAUCAAAAAGCAGAAUUUGGGGUCAGAAAGGGGAAACGUCAGUAGUUUAGUGACCAAUCUUCCAAAAGCAAGUAAAUGUAUUUCAAACAAAAAUCAGGUCAGGAGAAAAAGAACCAUACCUGAAUACUCAGCCUCCAGUGCUACCUGGGAUCCCCUUUCAUGUCUAGUUACAACCUGGCCAAGCUGGACAUCCUGGUGGAACGGAGAUGUUUAGAAGGCCAGCCUCUCCUCAGGUCACGCAGGCACUAACAGUCUUCCAGUCUGGUGUCUGUGAGCACGAACCAUCUCUUGACUUAAAAAAGGAAGCUAUACUGGUGCUGGGAGAGAGGCAAAAGUGUCCAACCGUUGUCUUUCUUCUUUGGGGCAGCGCUACACUUCCCAAAGUCUUUUAGAAAAUAGGGUAGACUGUGGUCUCCAUCCACUGCGGAAUUUUAAAGUAUUACCUACAAUUCAGAAGUUUCCCCAAAGGAUUUGUGUAACUAUGCUGUACAGCCCCGGAGUUUGUUUAUCAAACAAAUGUUAACACUUUCUUAAUGAUCCCUUUUUCUUUAGCUUUGCUCAGCUCCUUUGCUGGCUACCUCAUAACAUGUAUAGGAAUGAGUGUGACUUGAGCAGCUUCAGAUAGUGUGUGGACUUUUUUACUACUUAGCACUGGACUCAGUUUCUCCAUUCUGUAAGAGCAGGGACUCACAAUCAGCUUUAUAGUACAUAAGUGGUCAAGGUGCUUCAGAGCCCAUCCCACACUCAUGGGGAUCUCUCUCAGUUGGUAUUGUCAUCAGUGACCCAUCAUCACAGGAGGUCUGUUUUGAGUCUUUGGGCCAGGUUGGCUUCAUACCAAAUUUCUCUCUACAAUGAUUUGUUCUAAAGAGACCACUUUGGAUGAAUUGGAGAGCUUACAUCAUACAAAGCAUGUCCUUUCCUAAUGAAGAACAAUCUCUCCUCUGCCCACCUCCUUCUCUCUUUCUCCCUCCUCUUCUCUUCUUUCUUCUCUUCCUCCCCAUGAAAAAAGAGAGCCUGUGGGAAGUAGGCAGAUAUAGCAUUCUUAAGUAUUAAUUACUUAGACUUCUGCAUCAUUUUCUUAAUAUCUAUUUACUUACUAUGUGGUUUAAUAGACAUUUAAUCUUUAAAAACUCUUUUUUGUGGAAUAAAAAUUCAGACACAAUGCUGUGUUGUUCAGCAAAAUAGAGCCUUAGUUUUAAUAUUUUGUUGUCAGAGAACUAUUCUGGUACUAUCAGAAUAAAUACCUAAAAUAACUUCCUACAGAAGAUAGGAGAUGAGCGAUAAAGCCACUUAGGUACCCAGAAGCUUCUGACUCCAGUGAAAACAAGGUCUUGUUGACAUUGCAUGGUAAACACAAAACACACAACUAAGUAUUAAGCAUUAGUGGCUCUCUUAGCAUAUGAGCAUGAAGCAUGAAAAUACAUCAAUGUGUUUUCACGAUGGUUUUAUCUAUUUCAGUCAAUUCCCCCGUUAAUGUUUACAGAAUGCUCCCCUAGGGUUAGCCACGUGGAGGGAUGAAAACCAAGCUGCCCGCCCUGCCUUCAGGCAGGUCGCCGUCAAAUGUAGCUCUUGCUCUGAACUAAAGGGAUGGAGAUUUGCAUGAGCUUCUCUGUCUGUGAGCCACGGCUGGAAAGCUCUCUGCAGCAUCAGCUCUGGAGCCCACUCCUCCCCGUCUAAAGACCCCCGCACGUUAUGGGUCAUUCUGAACACAGAUCUAACAGUCAAGUCAGUGAUGCAAACUCACACACAGAGAAAGUACCUUGCAGAGAUGUCAGUGGCCCUGUGUAGUCCUUUCCUCUUAAUGGCAGAGAGAGGCCCACUUCAUUCCAAGAAUAGGUGAUAACACGUAAACUCUUCUUCUGGUCCUUAACACCAUCAGCGCCUCCUGAAGUCCCUCUCACAAACACCACGCUGAACAAUAGGAGAGAAGGUCCCUCGAAUUCUGCUGCCCUGCUGCUGCUGCAAGGCAUCUGCGAUAAGAGGACCAACUGCAGACCCAACACAAAGGGAUGUGGUUCUGUAAGCAACAAAAGAGCCUCUUUAUCAAGUCACUGCGCCUCUAAUUCUUUUCCGAGGUACCAACACCAAGGUCAGUUUUAAAAAUGAAAGCGGAACUGCGUAAAAUCCACCGAGAGCCUUUCUUCAUACAAAUCAGUGCUAAGGGCUGAAACAGCCCCAAAUCAAGCUAGGUCCGAUUGUAACAGUAACAGUGAGAUGUAGUGACAUUCAGAUUUCAGAAGCUGGGAAUUUGAUUUUUGGCUACUAUUUUGAAAAUACCUAUUUAGUAUUGACUUUGAAACCAAUUUAGUCCUUUAAUAGGAAAAGAAAAAGAUAUUUUAAAGAUGCAAGUAUCUUACAUGUUUAGAAUUUACAUAAUUGUAUUAACUUGAAAACAGGUGUAUUAUGGUUCUUUGAACCUUUCAUUAUUUUCUAGCCAUGGUAACAAUACUAAAAGGAUGAAGGUAUCUUCAGGUACCUUCACUAACCAUAUGGCAAAUGAAUGGAAUUCAAAUAUUCAAUCAGUCCAGAAAUGUAUAAUUUGGCCAGAAACUAUAAUUACACACACACACACAUAUUAAAAAACCAAACAUCUCAUUUCUAGAAAGAAAUGAAAAACCUAUCUAACUGAAAUCACUCAUACAAAGAUUUUUCAAGGUCAACACAUGGUCAUUUGUGAAAGCAUACUACCCUGGGAGUUUCUUUGACAUUAAUUCAAAGGUUAAUAUGUUUCCUUAAGAUUUUUUUCCUAGAAUUGAUUCCAGUAUUAUGUGGUAAUGACAUAAGAAUUUUUAGAAAAUAUUAUCCGUAAGUUCAAAAUAUUCCUCACUGUUUAUUUCUCUUUGUUUCUAUAUCCUUUGAAGUUAAGAAUAAAAAACCUUGAGAUUUUGGUAAUUAUUUUGAUUUCAGUAAGAGAUUUUAAAACAGAAGUGCGUGGUAUUUUCCUACAAUUUUUCCUAGAAAGAUUACACAGAAAACUUUUAAACAAGGAAAGAAAGCUGAUUUCUUUCUUUAGAACUAAACUUGAUAAACCAACAUAUACUAAGCUAAUGUGAGACUCUUUUGAUUUAUUUUGUUGGGAGAAAAAUCAGAAUAUUGAAUGUACGAACUUUUAAACAGUUUUGCUUUCUUCCCUGUCUUUCAAGUGCAUUUAUUUCCUCUUCCCUGACAUUUGCUGUUUACAUUUUUUUCAGUAUUGCAUUUUGCUAAAGAGCAAAUACAACAACAUACAAAACAACUGCUCUUCUAGCAACAUCUACUUUUACUUUGUUUUCUUUCCUCUUUACUUCCUUUCUUCAUUUUUUUCUUUCUUUUUUUCAUGGACUUUUGUUUUUUUCCUCUCUGACAAAUCUGAGAUGGGCCGUUCUGCUAGUAAUGCUCCCCUUUUAGUUUUGAAACUGUUACCAUUUUCACUAAAUCGUUAGCAUUUUCAUUCAUCCAAAAGCUGGCAAGUGAGCACAGCAUUUGUGCAAUAUCCCUUUUUUUUGAGAAUGUUAAGCCUUUUGGAUGAAGGGGAAGAAAGAAAAAAACUUCCUGCAAAAGAUCAAAGGCAUCCUAUUGAAUAAUGUGAAGACAAUCUGUGCCUUGAUUUUCUCAGUGGAAGUUCAACAUUGACAUUUAAGAUGUAAAAAAAAAAAAAAAAAAAAAAAAAACCCUUUUAAGAAUUUAACUGAGCAACAAUAAAAGGCCAAAGAUCACAAGAUGAAGUUGUUUUGGUGAUUGAAUACUUUGCAAUGAAAUAAACGGCAAGAAAAUUAUUAAACUGUUAGCAACAUUAAAGUGUUUAAAAAUAUCAUCAUCAAAUGCACAAGACUCUUAAACUGCUACCACGAUGUGUCCUCCACGGAUCACAUGACUACUUAUAUACUCCUAGUGAAUUUCAAUUACAGAUAUUUCUUCUUUCUGAUGUUUGGGUAAUCUGUGACAUUGGAAACAUCAGUGGUGUACUUGAAAAAAGAAGAAAGAAAAGAGAAAUGUAAAAUUUUAAAAGCUAACAUUAAAAAUAAAGAUCAUUAUCAUAAAAAUCACUUACAAUAUAGAAAGGCAAUUAUUAGUAAGACUAAUAGAAAAUUUCUGUAUGUGCCCAGAUUAAGCACAUUACAAAAAGAAAUUACAAAGCAGGGACUUUCUCCGUGGUUUCAGGAAUUCAAGUUUUUGGCAAGAUAUUCUUUAAGCCCAUUUGUCUAUACAAAAACACUUAAUCCUGGACAAGGAGUUGUGUGUUUUAUAAUUAUUUUAAGUGCCUACUUCUGUACCAAGUGCCCUCUAAAACACUCAGUAAAUUUAUACUUAUCUAGCCACUGAGUAGCAUGACUUUGUGUAAUAGAAUUAUUUACAGAACUUAAUAGCCUUUGUGAUUUUCCCAUGGGAAUUCUUCAAAAACAAACAGGGUCUAAGCUUUUUUUUUCCUCAUAUAUUUGCUAGGACACUGCAUAUCUGCUGGAUAUUGAAGUUUAUCCCUGGGAAUUCAAUUAUGCAAAUAAUUUGGAGCCAUCCCGUCUUAAAUCUACAUCUAAAGUAAUUUUUGUUACCACUUGUGUUUCAUAAUUGCAUCUGUUUUCCUUCAAAAUUCAUCACAUGUUGAGUAUAAAUAAAGCCCAUAUAAAUAUAAAA